AUGAGGACGAGAACCUGUCGGAGUGAUAAGUAGUGAGAAUUUUAGCGCGAUUAGGGUGCAUCACAGGGCGGGGGUCGCAAUGGUUGGGGUAGGGGGUGUCCAACACCUGUAUGAUCCUAACACCUUGGGCGAUCGACCGCUGGAGGUUUUGUUCAUGACAUGGAUGUCGUCGGUGGCAAUGGUACUUUCCCUGGCGGGCUGUGCGUGGCAUCGUCGCCGUAUGCAACGCCGGCGAGAAGCGGCCGACUUAGCAGCGGCUAUCCAGCUCUCCAUAAACGACCACAUUGUGUCAAUUCCUCCAACUUCUUUAGGUAUACUUCCACCUCCUCAAGUAAGACAUGACAGCUCCCACGGCAGAGAUGGCAGGGUCUCACCUACUGCGGACUACCCAAAUAUGAAAUCCAUCAACGACCUUAAGGAUCACCUGAGCGCAGGAUCCAUUUUUAAAAUGAAAAGGGACUGGCUAUCCAGAGAGCUCUCCAAAGGGAGAGAUGGCGGGAAAUCUGACCCUUCACCCGCGAGGAGUGAGCGCAGACUUCUUCAAAUUGUCGUGAGACGAGAUCAUGUUUUCCAAGACUCCUACCUACAGUUCGCUUCAAUAAGUGACGAUGAUCUGCGAAACCCACUGUCAAUCCAUUUCGUUGGUGAAGUCGGUAGGGACGACGGGGGAGUCACUCGAGAUUGGUAUAGUGUGCUCAGCAAGGAGAUUUUCAAUCCUCAGUAUGGAUUGUUCACCUUCAGUGCAGCAGAUGAUUACACGUUUCAGCUCAAUCCAAAUUCAGGAAUAAAUCCGGAUCACUUGGAUUUUUUCCGAUUUAUUGGCACUAUUGUUGGAAAAGCCCUUCUUGACGGCUGCUUGUUGGACGCUCAUUUUACAAGACUGGUCUACAAGCGUAUUUUGGAUAAGCCAGUCACUUAUCAUGAUAUGGCGACAGUUGACGUACAGUUUUACAAGAGCCUGGUUUGGCUUUUGGACAAUAAGUUGGAGGGUAUGGAUCUUGGUUUGUCUUUUUCAGUCGACAAGGAAAACUUCGGUGCCUACGAAGAGAUAGAGCUCAAGCCGAAAGGCAAAGAAAUUCUUGUGACGGAACAAAACAAAAGGGAAUAUGUCGAUCUUUUGUCUGGAUGGCGCCUUAAAGAAAGUGUUGAGGCCCAGUUCCAGGCACUAAGGGCAGGAUUGGCACGUGUUGUUGAUCCAGUCCUAUUGCAGAAUUUUGAUGAGAAUGAAUUGGAAUGGUUGAUUGGAGGACUUCCAAUUAUUGACGCCGUCGAUUGGAGGAAGAACGCAGUUUAUAAAGCUGGGUAUCGCGACUCUGCUGAUUGUCCUGUAAUCAGAUGGUUUUGGCAGCUUGUCGAAUCUUGGGAUCAGGAAAUGAGAGCCCGUCUUCUACAAUUUGUAACUGGAACGUCCAAGGUUCCGUAUCCCGAUGGCUUUAAGGGAUUACGUGGCAGUGAAGGUGUAAGGCCUUUUCAUAUUGUCCGAGUGUCCGACUCAAGCAGACUACCGCAGGCGCAUACAUGCUUCAACGAACUAAUUCUUCCUGAUUACGACAGCUAUGAGGAGCUUGCUAACAAUCUGACAACUGCCAUCUUCGAAACUGGAAAUCAAUUCCAACUCCGGUAGUUGUAAGCAGUUCGUGGAAACCUCCGCUACAUCGGCAGCGCUAUCCUGCAAUGAAUAACUAACUUGAGGUUUUGGACUCGUCAAUACCAAGCUUAGAGCGAACCCUUAUUGGGAAGGGUAUAUCGUGCUUGCUACGUUUUGGUCCUUUUUGCAGAUGUACCCUUUGCAUCCUGUGCUUGAAACUAUGCAGCCCGCCGCCGAAGUACGUGCGUGGUGUUAGAAGCAUCACAGAGCAAGGUUUUAGCUCUCAUUGUAUUUUAUCCUUUCAACAGGUGCUACUGAAACGGGAAUGAUGACAUACCUGGUAGAGUGUUUGGUUCCACUUGUACAUCCUUGGCAAAUCUGUCAUACCGGUGUACACCUAUUCAACUUGUAGAUCAUUAGGUUUCUGUCCCCAAUGCAGUCGUUGCCAUAUCAUGUAAAAAUGCUCGCUCUCAAAAUUGUUGGGCCCUAACGGCUGCCUUCAACAAAGAAUGUUCAACAUCAUCUUGUCACCUAGGGUCAUACUUGUCUAUGGCCUGCCUUUCGGUCAUUUUUUCUUCUCCGAAGUUGUAAAGAAGUUACCUAUCAAGUAGAAAUCACUAUGUAUUUGUGUAGGUAAAGGAUGAUAAAGGCAAGAGGGUUAGCAGCAAAUGGUCAAGAUGCAAGCUUGGCUCUGUUCGUGCCAGGUUUCGCAAGUCUUGUGAUCGGGGCUUCCCUUUCCUUUCACUCAAAACUAGAUACAUAAGCAAAUGUUCAUUUCCAAAAUAUAUACAUCAAUAUGUAGGUGCGAGUACCUUUCUAGCUUUAUUCGUUUCCUGCGGAGGGAUGAUGCCAGUAUCCUUGUCCUUGGCGUCUGGGCUGGUUUUUCAUUCAGGUAUCCAAAUGCAACUUGGUACCUUCUCAGGGGCUUGUUGCGGGGAUUUGAUGAUAAGACCUUGUUGAUGCUAUCUCAGCAUCUCUUUUCAAGCACGUAAUGAUGGUUUGGCGUCUAUUAUUUUCCUUACC